AAGUUUUAAGAACUAAACAAAAUGUCAGGGACUCGCCGUCAAAAUAAACAUAUUCGUCUGUCAGUCAUGGCACAAACUCGAGAGAGGAGAAAUAAAGUGAAAUAGAAGUUUAAAAUAACCAUGUAAUGCCUGAAUACCCGUAUCCCAUCUUUGUGUAACUCUCUUAACAGCUAGCGACGAUGUCUCCGGUCAAAUAUGAACCGCCCACAGCCACGUUUCCGUACAAAAUACCAAAGAGGUUAAACUUGCUGAGCGCGCCGAGAAAGUAUUUUGUGGAGUUAGGUGAAGGCAUGCCCGAAGUGAGUAAGUUGUCUGGAACCAGGAAGUCUGCCAUAUCCGGACGUCUUUGCCACAAAAAUAGUGAUAUAGCUUGGCCGUUUCUAAGACGUUUAAUAAUCUUGAAAAGGACAUACAAAAAUAAGUUUAGUCAAGAGCGACUGGAGCGUGUCGAUCGCACAAUUGAGGCAUCUAACGCCACGAUAUAUACGAAGCUAGCCGACUGUGUAGUAGACCUCAAGAAACAGGAGACCAACUUAAGAAGGAAGAAGGGCUGGUCGGAUUCAGAGUGGAAGCGGCACAUGGAGUAUAUUAGCCAAAUAGCCAUGAAAAAGAAGGUGUACCCCCCGCCGCCGAUUAAGCGAGGUAAAUCCAAGCCGUUAGAAGAACUAUUACCACGGAUCAAGACUAUGGCCAAAAUGCCCACCUUCAAAUGCUACAGGAGGCAAUCACAGGAGGAAUGGUACAGGAAACCAGGAAAGGUGGCGCCAAACGCCCUAAAAUACAACAUUUCAGAGAGAAUAGCGAAACUAGCGGUUGCGAGAGCUUUACACCACGAUCACCAUGAAGACCACUUCUAGCCGAAAGCAAUGUAUAAAUGUAUCGAUAAUCGAAAAAACAUUUACGAUUUAAUUAAUCGAUAUAAAGUACACUCAUCAAAUCGAUUACUAGGUAUUGCCAUUGUAUAAAAGUUGAAGAUUACUUUCGAAAUGAGACUCAACUAGACAUUCUGAUUCUCUCAAAUUACUGAUGCUCUAGAACUUUGGCAUAUUAACGGUAACGUGACGUAAUCCUGACUUUAAAAGUAGCAUUAAAAAAAAGAUAAAAAUGUUUUGUCGAAUGACGUCACGAAAAUGGCGGCCAAAGGCAUGAGCAAUGCGUGGGUAUAGUACACUCAAAUUCAACAAAUAAAACUGCAUGAAUACAUUGA